AUGCCUGAAUCAUCUUCGUUGCCGGCUAACAACAGUCAUGGCAAGAAUGACUCCAACUUAAAGCAUAGUACUUUCGAGAGAAAGGACGAGAUGGUGCCUCUAACUGAGAAAGAAAUUAGGAGUCUAACCAUUCCAGCACUGAAAGACGAACUUGCUAAAAGGAAUCUAUCAAAAAAGGGAAACAAACAAACUUUGGUCUCCCGAUUGAAGUCAUCUUUUCAAAGUACCCGCCAGAAAACGAGUGCAGUUUCUGAUCAAACGGAUACUUCGCUACUGUAUAAGGCAAGAGACGAAACCAACAACUUAGAGAAUUGCCCAUGCUUACCACUUCUAUUAGAUUUACAGAAUGAAGUGAAAGAGCUAAUUCUUCGCGGCAAAUUUUGCCUAACCUGACUUUUAAUUGUGAGCUGACAAAGCUUCAAGAUGAGAACAACGCCUUAAAACAGAGACUUCAUGACGUGGAAGACCCCUACUACUCUUUA